AUGAAAACCGUGCGGAAGCAGUGGCUGGAAGCAAUAAGCGCCUACCAAUUCGUGCUGACUUUCCUCUUCAUGGGUCCUUUCUUCUCCCUUCUCCUCCUCUUCCUCCUCUUCACUCCACUCUGGUCUUUCUCUGUUCUCUACUUGGUGUGGUUCUUCCUGGACUGGGACACUCCCAACCGAGGUGGAAGGCGCUUUGCGUUGGUGAAAACCUGGAGUAUGUGGAAAGAGCUAAGGGAUUAUUUUCCGGUCAAGCUGGUGAAAACAGCAGAGCUGCCCCCGGACCGGAACUAUGUGAUCGGUGGUCACCCACACGGGAUCAUGAGCGUGGGAGCUUUCGCUAAUUUCAACACGGAGAUGAACGACUUCUCCAAGCACUUCCCCGGGAUUCGGCUCACGUUGGCGGGACUGAGCUUCAUCUUCCACUUCCCGAUCUACCGAGACUAUACCUUGUCCUACGGAAUUUGUUCUGUGAAUCGGGGGAGCCUGGACUUUAUUCUCUCUCAGCCCCAGCCAGGGCAGGCUGUGGUCAUCAUAAUUGGGGGCGCCCAGGAGGCCCUGUAUGCAAUCCCAGGGACGCACCACCUCGUUCUGCGGAAUCGCAAAGGCUUCGUGCGCCUGGCACUGAGACACGGCGCCUCCCUGGUGCCCGUGUACUCCUUUGGAGAGAAUGAUAUCUUCCAUCUGAAGGCUUUUGCCCCCGGCUCCUGGCAAUACCUGUGCCAGGUUGCCUUCAAGAAGCUCACGGGCUACUCACCUUGCAUCUUCUGGGGUCGCGGACUCUUCUCGGCCAACUCCUGGGGCCUGCUGCCCUUUGCCAGGCCCAUCACCACCGUGGUGGGCCGCCCCAUUCCGGUGCCCCAGAUCCUCUGCCCCACCGAGGAGGAGGUCAACCACUACCACACGCUCUACAUGCAGGCCCUGGAGACACUGUUUGAGGAGCACAAGGAAAGCUGUGGCGUCCCUGCCUCAACUCACCUCACCUUUAUCUAG